AGCUCCUGAUUAAACUGCUUACUGUUGUUUAUAAUCAGCGCUCGCGUUUGUUGUUAAAUUGUGGGAAAACAAUUAUUAGAGAAAACAUAUUUUUUAACACGCGAAAUGUAUCGCAAUUUAUUCAUCCCAGUUUUGCUUUUUAUUUUUUACGUUAAAACUGCCAACUGUAUUGUGUGCACCCCCGGAAUUUGUGCCUCCGUUCAAUGUAAGGAAGUCCAAGGGUGCAAGGGACAAAAUAAGGAAAUACAACCGGGGGGAUUUUGCAGCUGUUGCAACGUAUGCUACACAAUUCUCGGUGAGAAUGAAGCCUGUAACGACAUUGUUCUUCAAGGGGUUCCCCCAUCAACGACACGAUGUGGAAAUGGACUCGUUUGUUAUGAAGGAAAAUGUACAAGCUUUAAGAAUUUACAAAGAAAUUAAAUGACCGGCCAUGUAAUCAGAAUACAUUUUUGUGAUAAUCUUUUAUUUACUUCAAAAUACCUGCUAAAAGCAUAUUGAGUUUAUUUUAAAUACAAACUUUUUUCUUAUCAAUAAACUUAGAAAAACAACAAGAAAAUAAGUUAUUG